CAACAUCGAGCCAACUUCAACCACACUUUGAUUGUUCAACUCAUGAAUGUACCCCGUCCCGCGCCGCGCGUACCGAGUCCCUGACAUCUUUCUCUCCCCCUUCCCGCCAGCUGGACUAUUAGAGAUGUCGCCGGCAACAAGACUCUGCCUCGUCCUCCCACUGCGACCUGUCGCAUGCCGGGUAGCAGGAGGCUGCACACGGGCCGCAACUCGCGCGAUACACAGCAACCCUGCCCAGCCCGCCAAAGUGGUCCCCGUCUACGGCACCGGCCCGCCUCCCGAGCCGCCACAGCCCGACCCCGAGUUUACCGCCCAGGAGCGAGAGCAGCGCCUGGCCCGCCGGAGGAGGCAGGCCGAGCUGCUAAAUCGCGCCGGCGAUCUCAAGGCGCUGAAACAGCAGCAGCAGCAAGACGCCAAGAAUACAAAGACUAGUGGUGGUGGGCUGAAGAGGCGGUUCUGGAAGGAUGUCCAUGUGCGCGAGGUCAAUGGCGCCCUCGAAAUCCACCUCGACACCCGCCCCCUCCGACAUCCAACCACCAAAUCCAUCAUCCGCCUCCCCGCCUCCAAACCCCACCUCGCCCACGCGCUAGCCCUGGAAUGGGACAAUCUCGUCUCAGCCCAACAAGCAACCAAACAGCACCUCAUCCCCCUAACCUCCCUAAUCUGCCGUGCCCUCGACAUCGCCUCCUCCGACUCCUCAAACACAACGGAGGGCAGCAUCCGCCCCACAAUCACCACAACCCUCCUCCGCUACCUCGACACCGACUCCCUCCUCUGCCUCGCCCCCCCACCGGCACCAGGCGACCACGACCCGGCCCGCGACGGCCCCUCGCUACGCACUCGCCAAGAACAAGCAUACACCUCCACGGUCUCCUACCUAACCACGCGCGUCUGGCCAGGUGUAUCUAUCGCGCCCGUCCUCGACGGCCACUCCCUUUUCCCACAACCCCAACAACCCGGCACACGCGAGGUGGUACAGGGGUGGAUCACCUCCCUCUCACCCUUUGAGCUCGCCGGGCUGGAGCGUGCCACGUUGGCAGGCAAGAGCCUGCUGGCUGCGGCACGGUUGGUGGUCGAGUGGAGCGAGGAAGGGGCGCAUGCUCGCACCAUUUCAGCAGACGAAGAACGGGGAAGGAGGAAAGAGAGGUAUGGGGUGGAGGAGGCGGCGAGGGCGGUCAGUCUGGAGGUGGACUGGCAGACGGGACGCUGGGGAGAGGUGGAGGACACGCAUGAUGUGGAGAAGGAGGAUCUGAGGCGCCAGUUGGGCAGCGUGGUGCUGCUUGUAUCAGGGAAUGGGACUGCGUCAAAGAGCAGCUGAGCUGGGCGGAGCUUGUAUUUAAAUGUAUAUUUAGAUGCAAACACUGUGUGUAACAACGGCAUCUGCAAUCUUCUUGUAUAUAAUGUACACUCUGUAACAUCGCAU